CCGGAAGUGGUGACGUGAUCGUCGGUGUCUCCAAACAUCGCGACGCAGAGAAGAAGCAGCUGUGAUGACGUGAAUCCUCCUGCUGAGGAAGAGGAAGAGGAAGAUUCUCUCCUUCAUUCCUCUGUGAGCGACUGAAAACAUCAACAUGGCGUCUGAAGGCUUCACCCACGAGCAGGACAGAGACACAGAGAAGCACCGGCUGCUCUCCUCCAUGACCAGCUACGGGUCCCAGGACCUCCUCGGGGCUGGGAGCCCACACCCCUCUGGGCUGGAGGACUCUGAGCUCCCCAAGGAGCAGCAGGAGGAGGAAGAGGAGGAGGAGGAGGAGGAGGCUCUGAGGAGGAAGCUCAAGUACUUCUUCAUGAGCCCCUGUGACAAGUAUCACGCUAAAGGACGCAAGCCGUUCAAACUGGGCCUGCAGCUGCUGAAGAUCAUCAUCGUCACCGUGCAGUUGGUUCUGUUCGGACUCAGCAACCAGAUGGUCGUGACGUUCAAAGAGGAAAACACGGCGGCGUUCAAACACCUCUUCCUGAAGGGGUUCGAGGAGAACGCUCCUCAGGCAGUGCACACGCAGAAGGAGCUGAACGACCACAUCCACUUCACCAUCGACAAGUACCUGGCUCUACCGGACAUCUCACUGGGACGGUACGCCUACGUGUUGGGCGUCGGCGUGAACGGCAGCGCCCUGUCCCUCUGCCAGAGGUUCUUCAGGAAUGGAACCAUCGACCCCGUCAACGACACGUUUGACAUCGACCCCCACGUGGACACCGUUUGCCUCGGAGUGGAUCCCGUGAAUUACAGCGAUGGAAACAGUGACUACAAGAAUUUCACUCUCAAGUUUCACAAGCUGAUCAAUGUGACAGUUGACUUCCAGCUGAAGGCCAUCAACAUCCAGACCAUCAUAAACAAUGAGAUCCCCGACUGCUACACCUUCGCCAUCACGAUCCUCAUGGAUAACAAAGCGCACAGCGGCAAAGUGAAGAUCAGUCUCCUGAACCAGGCGUCCAUAACCGAGUGUAAAGACCCCAAUGUGUCCGGACACGCGGAGAGCUAUGCCCGGGAGUUGUUGGACGUGCUGGUGGCGGUGGUUUGUCUCUUGUCCCUGCUGCUGUGUGGACGCUCCAUCCUCAGAGGCAUCGUCCUGCAAUAUGAGUACGUGCACUUCUUCCAUCACACACUCUGCCGCAGUGUGAGCUGGGGAGACCGGAUGGAGUUCAUCAACGGCUGGUACAUCCUGCUCAUCAUCAGCGACGUGUUCACCAUCGUCGGGAGCUUCAUCAAGAUCGGGAUCGAGUCCAAGAAUUUGUCCUCGUAUGAUGUGUGUGGGAUCCUGCUGGGAACCUCCACCCUGCUGGUGUGGGUGGGAGUCAUCCGCUACCUCAGCUUCUUUCAGAAAUACAAUAUCUUGAUCGUGACUCUUCGAGCUGCUUUUCCAAACGUUAUCCGUUUCUGCUGCUGUGCCGCUGCCAUUUACCUGGGGUACUGCUUCUGUGGCUGGAUCGUGCUCGGGCCUCAUCACACCAAGUUCCGCUCCCUGUCCACCGUGUCCCAGUGUCUCUUCUCUCUCAUCAACGGGGACGACAUGUUUGUGACCUUUGCUGAGAUGGAGCGAAGCGGCACCCUGGUGUGGAUCUUCAGCCAGGUCUACCUCUACACCUUCAUCUCCCUCUUCAUCUACAUGGUGCUGUCCCUCUUCAUCGCACUCAUCACCGGAGCCUACGACACCAUCAUGGCCCAAACUCAGGAGCAGGUGCGCGUCACUGACCUUCACGUCUUCAUCGCUGAGUGCACGGACACGCCCAGCUCCGGCAAGUUCCGAGGACCUGAGGGCUCGUCCUGCUCCUUCCUCUGCUGCUGCGAGUGGUGAAGAG